AUGCGGUUGUUUUCUAGCAUUGUUGGUUGUUUGAUCACUGUCAAUACUUACGCACAGUUCCGUGCACGAAUUACACAUUUGUCACGUUACGAGUCAAAUGAAUGCAUAUCAAAGCAAGCGUAUUAUGACGUCGAAAAUAGUUGCAUAGCAAUUGUUAGUUUGGACGACAAAUGUGACAAAGUUUUGACCAAUGCUUUUGAAAAAGCUAUAAUUAAACCUGAAAAUCUCAAAAUUCAAGUUAUAAAAAAUCCCAGAGAUUUCGAAUAUAUGUUACGUGUGGUACAAGAUUUUUGUUCCGUGACAGUUAUUCAAGAAUCAAUCAAAAUAUAUGUAACUUGGUUCUUUUUCGAUUGCACAAAAAAUGGAGAGAAGAGCAAGAAAUCUGGAAUUAUUAUAUGGAUAAUAAUAAUAUCAUUAAUAGUUGUUGGUAUUACUAUCUGUGCGGCAAUUGGCGCUUGUUGUUAUUUAGCGCUUCGAAGGACAAAUCCGACACAAAGGCAAAAGAAAGAUAGUACGAAGGAAGAAGAAACUUCAAAUGAAAAUGUUGACGAAUUGUCUCCUGAAGCAAACAUUAUUAAAUCACAUUCCACUAGUACGAAAAAAACACUUCCUGAAGUGACAAUAGAAGAAGUUCAGGAAAAAGCACCGGAUCGACAAGUUUUAAACGUACAGCAACAAAGGAAACGGAUGAGAAAAAAGUUUUAA